AGCGGCGCAGAGCAGACAGCGGGCAGGCGGUGGGUGCUCGGACGACUUCUCCUCUUCGUCCUCCUGUCCUCGUCCUUCUCCGGCUCCUCCGGCUCCAGCUCCCGCUGCUCCCCCGGAGAGACCGCCGGCUCCCGGAGUCCUGCGCCAGCGCCCCGGCAGCCUCGCCGCGCCCCAUCCCAUCCUGCUGGGCACUCGGAGGGCAGCGCGCCGAGGCCAAAGUUGCCCCGCACGGUAGGGCGGGCGAGCUCGGGCUGCAGCGGCCCCGCCGGCGGCGCGCACCGCAACUUUGGAGAGGCGAGCAGCGGCUCCGGCAGCGGCGGCGGCAGCAGCAAUGACUCCCUGGCUCGGGCUCGUUGUGCUCCUGGGCAUCUGGAGCCUGGGGGACUGGGGCGCCGAGGCGUGCACAUGCUCGCCCAGCCACCCCCAGGACGCCUUCUGCAACUCCGACAUCGUGAUCCGGGCCAAGGUGGUGGGGAAGAAGCUGGUGAAGGAGGGGCCCUUUGGCACACUGGUCUACACCAUCAAGCAGAUGAAGAUGUACCGAGGCUUCACCAAGAUGCCCCAUGUGCAGUACAUCCACACAGAAGCUUCCGAGAGUCUCUGUGGCCUUAAGCUGGAGGUCAACAAGUACCAGUACCUGCUGACAGGCCGCGUCUAUGAUGGAAAGAUGUACACAGGACUGUGCAACUUUGUGGAGCGGUGGGACCAGCUCACCCUCUCCCAGCGCAAGGGCCUGAACUAUCGGUAUCACCUGGGCUGUAACUGCAAGAUCAAAUCCUGCUACUACCUGCCUUGCUUUGUGACCUCCAAGAACGAGUGUCUCUGGACCGACAUGCUGUCCAACUUCGGCUACCCCGGCUACCAGUCCAAACACUACGCCUGCAUCCGGCAGAAAGGUGGUUACUGCAGCUGGUACCGAGGAUGGGCUCCCCCGGACAAAAGCAUCAUCAAUGCCACCGAUCCCUGAGCGCCAGACCCUGCCCACCUCACUUCCCUCCCUUCCCGCUGAGCUUCCCUCGGACACUAACUCUUCCCAGAUGAUGACAAUGAAAUUAGUGCCUGUUUUCUUGCAAAUUUAGCACUUCGAACACUUAAAAGAAAAGUCUGUGCUGUCAUAUGGGGUUUAUUUGGAACUAUCCUCCUGGCCCCACCCUGCCCAUUCUUUUUGGUUUUGACAUCACCCAUUUCCACCUGGGAAUUUCUGGUGCCAUGCCCAGAAAGAACGAGGCGUGCAUAUUCCUUCUUCUUCGUGAUAAGAUAACCUCUAUUUUUUUAGGAAAACAAAAAUGGAAAAACUACCCCCUUGGGCAUUGUAGUACCUACCCCUAUUUCUUCUUCCCCACCCCACCAUCUCCCAGGCCCUCUUCCUUUUGCCCUUCUCCUCCAUCCCAAUACAUGAAGGACACAGACAAGGAAGCUGCUGAGAGGCCGUCUGUUUGAGGAUCGGUCAAGGGCACCAAGCAGGCAGACUCGAGGUGUGGGAAAGCUCUCGCACACCGAGGAGCAGCUGCUGCAUGUCCUGAGCAGGCUGUGUCUGUGUCUGCAUGUCAGAGUGAGAGAGAGAAGGAAGAACCUGUAAGAGAGGGCCGGAGAUGACACAGCACACACAGUUCCCCCAGCCCACGGAUGCUUGGGUUGACCAGAUAUUUCCAGGUUUGGAGCAAGCAGCCCAGGCCUUGCUACCAGAGCUUUCUAAGUUGGUGAAGACUUAAACAUCUGCCUGAGAUCAGGAGGCAAUUUGCCUGCCUUGUACAAAAGCUCAGGUGAAAGACUGAGUGUCUUUCCUCUCCCUGCCUCCCACAAGAUUUCCUCUUGGAAAACUUCUUUGGUAGAGAUUUGGCCGGGAGCUUGCCUUUCUGUAAAUUGGAGAAAUACACACACCAUACACUAUCCACAGAUAUAGCCAAGUAGAUUUGGGUAGAGAAUACUAUUUCCAAAGUAGUGUUUAGCUCACCUAGGGGGUGAUGUGUUUGUAUACACAUCUGCAUAUACCCACACGGGGACAUAAGCUAAUUUUUUUUUAAUAGGACACAGAAUUCUGUUCAAUGCUGUUAAAUACGCCAAUAGUUUAAUCUCUUCUAUUUUGUUGUCGUUGCUUGUUUGAAGAAAAUAAUGACAUUCCAAGUUGACUUUUUUUUUUCAUUUUAAUUAAAAUUUGAAAUGCUGAACAUCCUCAGCUCCCUGUCUUCCCCACACCUGGGGGUCAUCUGACCUCUGUCCCUGUCUCUCUUCUCCUGCCUCGUGAUUGGGGCCUUCAUUUAACUGCCUUAUUGGCUUGGCUGAGAUAGCAGAUGAGAGUCAGUUGGGGUGGGGGCUGGCUGCAGAGGACAAAGCUGCAGGGCACCCUGCCUUGGCUCGAUGGCCACCACUCCUGAGUUUAGAGACAGCUUGUUCCUCUUUCCCCAGCUCACUGGUGGGCGAAUGUCACCUCCUGAAGUCCUCACCUUGUGGAACUGAAAUGGUCAUUGGGGAAGCCUGACUCCGCAAUCCAUUGUAGGGUUUUUGUUGUGUUUUUUGAAAUAAAACUAUGAUAUAAAUUCUCCUAUUAAAUAAAAUUAUUUUAAGUUUUAGUGUCGAAAGUGAGAUGCCAAGAGUAGGUGACAGUGUCUCUUCACUGAGUUGGGGAUGGUAGGAUGGUGACAUUGAACAUGACUGCUCUCUGUCUCUUUUUUCAGACUAUGGGUAUUUAUCCUCUAUUAACAUUUGUAUCUUCAGUUCAUUCCACUUUAGGAAACAGAGCUGCUGACUAAAACAGGAGAAGAGAAAAAAGAGAAGCAGCCAACACAUUGUAGUGUCUCUCUCACACACACAAAUGCCCAGGCAGGGUGUUUGGCAGAACCCCAGAGCAGGAAGAUAGUGCAGGUGUUCCUUAGGAUCAACUGCAUGACCUUGUGCCUUUCCCCUGUGUGGUCACACCAUUUGGCAGAGGGGGAAAUGGGAGCAGAAGGUGCUGAGGUCAGCAGGUCAGUUGUUUUAAAGGGAUGAACCCAGACUUGGUGUUUGGAGGAUUAUCUUUAUUUCAACCUCAAAGUCUUGAAAGGUGGGGCCCCCGCCCAACCCACACAGGUGCCCUCCUGCAGGUCCACAAGUGGACAUCGGCGUCUCCUCUGUGAGGCUUCUGGCUGUUCUCCAUCCUUGGAGUGUGGUCACCCCCAUUCACACAAAGAGAGACUUGGGUGAAGCCUGAACACAAGGUACCAGAAGUCUCCCUGAGGAGUCGAGAAGUCAGAACCACAGCCCCAACUGUUAGACCUUGGCAAGGAGGUCCUGGGCAAAGAAGGGUCUUUUGCAAAGCAAUGUGGUCAGAGGGUGGUUUUUGAGCUUUCUAUAAGCUAUAGCUUUGUUUAUUUCACCUGUUCACUUACUGUAUAAUUUAAAGUCAUUUAUGUAGCUGAGACACUUCCAUAUUUCAAUUAUAUUGUGAAUGUUUUAUUUUGCUAAAUCUUGUGUCAUGUGUAGGCUGUAAUAUGUAUACAUUGUGUUUAAGAGAGAGAGAGAAAAAAAAAAAAACCCACAUGCCACCAUUUUCCUGAAUCAAAUUCUACAGUGGAAAGGAGAGUAAAAUACUUCUGUGGGGCAGGCUGCUAGACUGGUGAAUCAGGGGAACUAGAAAGAACUAGUAGUUGAGACUCUUCCAGCCUCUUCCCUGUUUGAAUCCCUGUGGUUCUCGGGGUAGAAAAGAGAAGGGAAAAAAAUAGAAAGUCGAUUCACAUCCUUGCUCUGUAUCUACUGGCCCUGGGUAGUCUGCUACUCACUCUCAUUCCCUUUCCUCCAAGACCCUUUGACCACCCAAGUAGGAAGCCAUGAUUUCUCCAACAAAUCCCCAUGGAGCUGUGAUUCCAAGUUCUCUUUGCCUUUUGGGGGAAUCUCUUCUGACCUAUACCCAGGCUCAUCUUGCCUCUCAAGCCUGUAUUUAGAUCAGGGCAGGGCAGGUAAGACUAUGAGACUGAUAUUUUUUUACCCUCCUUUAGUCUCAGACUUGCCUCAUGGUGGUUCAGCUAUAGCCAUGAGCACCAUUUUUCACACCAUGGUUCUUGAACAAUUAAAGAAACAAAUGAAUUUUUGCAAUAACUCUGUCUAAGAGACACUGGGGUCCCAGGAGACACUACCCUUCUCUGCUCUAGCUCUUAUUACCUUGUGGAUGACAGUGUGGAUCAUCCCAAGGUGGCACCCAAGUAAAAAUAUCACUAGAGUAUUUUUAUCAGAGAGAAACGUUAUAAAUAUAUAAUGGCAAAAGCAAAACAAAAUGGGGGGGGAAAUGUAAGGCAGGUGGAUAUCCUUUCAACAACUUCUGAAUUGGCUCUUUGAAAGUGGGAGGAAAGUAAGAAUUUAAGAGGAUAAUUCAUGCUUUGGGGAUGGGGGCUUCUUAGAUUCUUCUAUGUCCCCAUCUUUCCCCAUAGCCAGUCUGCUGUUCUGAAACCCAGAAGUGAUGGAGAGAAACCAACCAGAGAAAACCCUGUCUAGAAGGAAUGUAUUUGUUGCUAAAUUUUGUAGCACUGUUUACAGUUUUCCUCCAUGUUAUUUAUGAAUUUUAUAUUCCGUGAAUGUAUAUUGUCUUGUAAUGUUGCAUAAUGUUCACUUUUUAUAGUGUGUCCUUUAUUCUAAACAGUAAAGUGGUUUUAUUUCUAUCACA